ACUGUGUCUGGUAAGGUUGAGCUGUUUACAGUGUGGGUUUAUAAAACAGCAGACGAGGGGGGGCGUCCCUACAAAGAGGGAGCAAGGAGGAGAAACGGCAGACGAGGAUAGGGAGAGUGACUGAGAGGAUAGAGAGCGUCUGAGAGAGAGGGUCCGCAUGCAGGGCAGAGUGAUAAAACAGCAGGCAGACGCUGGAGAGCUUUUUUUUUUACUUCCACCACAACUGCUACAGCAGAGGAGAUGCUUAUGUGAGGAGAGCAAGUGAUUGUGCAUAGUAAGCAGAAGCUGUCUUCAUUUUUUAUAGAUAAGAGCAGGAUUUGAUAAGUUGCUGCAUCUUAGAGUGUCUUGUCAUGGAUGACUCUAGGGAACCUACUGAAUAGAUCUCAGCGCUGCAUCAUGGUUCAGCAAAGAACCCACAAAUACUUGUCAGUCAUGGACAGCAAUUCUACCAGAGAGGUGUUUGUGGGACUGGCGGCAGAAGACGAUGUUGAGGUGUUUGGACAUGGACCUCCAAACAAAGAUCCCAACUGGUGCAAAACUCCAACUGGGCACAUCAAAAGACCAAUGAACGCUUUUAUGGUCUGGUCCCAGAUUGAGAGACGGAAGAUUAUGGAGCAGUGGCCUGACAUGCACAAUGCAGAGAUUUCAAAGCGCCUCGGAAAACGAUGGAAACUACUGCCCGAUUAUGAGAAGAUACCCUUCAUCAAAGAGGCUGAAAGAUUGCGUCUAAAGCACAUGGCUGACUAUCCUGACUACAAGUACCGGCCCAGGAAGAAGAGCAAGUGUUCUACCCCUGUGAAACUUGGCGAGAAGUUGCCAAUGAAAUCCAGCAAGCCCCAUUCAGUAAGAUCUAGUGGGCUCUCCUGCAAAGGGCUAAAGAUCAAACCUGCUUCUACCAAGCAUAAAAUGAACUUCAAUGGCAAUAAAUACAAGAGCUACAGCGAGAGCAUGAGCGAUGACGACACAAUGGAUGUAAACGUAGAAAGUCCAGUGACUCUGCAAGACGAUCACAACCCGUCAAGUCACUUUGUCCUACACCAGCAGGCCACCAUUCAAUCUGAGGACCAGCAACCAGUUCCUGAGCUCAGAGUGAAAGUGCCCAUCUCUCAAACCAGCAGCAUCCAGAGUCUCUCCUCGGACAGCGAAUGCCAGGCUCCCCCAGAGUCCACGAUGAGCGAGCCACAAGGGUCGACGUCUGGAAGAUCGUCCACGCCGACCUCAACCAGCUCCUCCUCUUUGGUGUCGUCGGUGUGCUCAGAUGAGGAACUGGACGAGGAACUCUUGCAUAUCAUUUCCAACAGUAUGCCUAUGGACUGCUCUGCUCUGGACAAGGACUUUGAAGCAUUUCAUGCUAACUCAGGAUCCCAUUUUGACUUCCCAGAUUACUGCACUCCAGAGGUGAACGAAAUGAUUUCUGGGGACUUGCUCGUGCCCAGUAUCUCAGACCUAGUGUUCACCUACUGAAGUUGCGUCCUCUGUAAUGUGGACAGGCCUGCAUAGCUGCCAAUUUAAAAAUAUUUUGUCCAUGUUGUACUUGGACAAUUCCUUUUUCCAUGUGUUUAUUUUUCUCAAUGAAUCCCGUAAGUGCUAUUGCUUUACUUUCCGAGCAUGUCACAUCUUGUUGGUUUAGCUAACAGACACACGGGGCUUUGCAGAGCUGUUAGACAUUCAGAUCUUGUUCAACACUUCGGAGGAAGCUGGGUGUAAUUCUUAGAGAUAGAGGACUAAGUUUUACCAGCUGUUUCAAUAAAUGUUUUAAACUGAAAGCUACUCUCUCUAAGUACCUGAUGAGCAGCAGUUAGAUGCAAAACUUAAAGUGACAUUAAAGUUACAUUUUGUCAUCAUUUACUCACCUAUAUGACUUCCUUUGUUCAUGAAACACAAAAGAAGAUAUUUUGAACAAUGUGUCAGUUGUUUUUGUCCAUACAUCCAUAGUCAAUGGGGACCAAAACAACAUUGGACACCAUUGGAUUUCACUGUGUGAAGAAAAAACACUGUGACAUUCUUCAAGAUAUCUUCUUUUGUGGUCCACAGAAGACAACAUGGUAAAUAAAUGGUGACAAAUUUCAUUUUUGACUGAACAAGCCCUUUUAUAUCCAGCACUGUCAUUAUAAUGUAAACUCUUACACAUUAUUCAUUCAAAUCUGAUUUUCACCAGAAGUUUCAUUAUGUACAAAUAUAGAGGUCCGCUGACAGUAUUGGUACAUUAAUAUUCUGAAAGACUGGGGAAGAAAUGAUGAAAAGGAAAAUAUGACUGAAACCAUUUAUUAAAACCUUCAGCACUUACAGUAAAGCAUCAGUAACCUUGCGGAGGAAAUCACUGCAGACACAUCAUUCAUAUCCUAUUCGUUAAUUAGGUAAUAGCACUUUCAUCACCUUGCCAUUGCCGCAGACGUUAAGACACACAUGUGAUUUAAAGGCAGCUCUGCAUCAGCCCUGCGUGCAGGUGUGUGUGUGUGUGUGUGUGUGUAUGUGUGCGUCAAUGUGUGCCUGAACUGUUUGGACUGUGGACAAAAGGGGGUUAAGGUUAGGGUUUGGGGGUUGGGACUGAUUCUUUCAGGGAACUGUGCAUCUGUCCAUGCAGGCAGCAGCUUUUAUGCAGGGGUCGGACUCUGUGCUUACCGAGCGUCUGCCGGGGUGGGGAGGCGUACGAGGGGGGGCUCUUGCACCGGUUCACUGAAAUGCAUGUCAUGUCUGCAGUCUGGCUGCAGCUGCCCCGAUCAGGGCUAGAAAUCUGUGUCUGCCAGCUGGCCCCCAUUGACUCUCUCAGGGAUCGUUUGUCUAGGUCCUAGUGCCUCCCGUAGGUAAUUCAUCUGUGAUGAUCUGUGUGUGCGUGUGAGCGUCUCUUUCUCUCCCGGAGAAACCAUCCGAAGCCAACCGAAGUGACAGAAUGCCCCGAUUUCUCAAAACAGGAUCCGUCCUCUUUUUCUUUUUUUUUUCCACCCACAUGCUCUUAUUAAUUUCAGCUCAGUUGGUGCCCGGGAGACCGGCAUUAUUUACCUCCCACCAACAGUUGUCAGAGAAGGGACAACAAACCCUGCAGUUUGUAUCUUACAUAAACUGUUAAUCCUCGUCGAUUCCCGGCGUCCUGUGAAGAUGCAGCAGCAUGCUGUGCAAAGCGAAGGAACACAAAAGGAAAAGGACCUGAUGUGUGUUUGCUCUUGGUUUAACCUCACUGUUUGGACUGCAUAAUGACUACUUUUGUGACCACAGAGGCAUAAACAGUCUCCAUCUUGCUGUGUUUCCUUAUUGUAGGAAAGAGUUGACUGAACUAGUUCGGUACAACCAGUAUUUUUUCUAGACCAUGAUAGUUUGCAAAAAUCUUAGUUUUAUCAAGUGGUUUUUAGAAUGAUGCCACAUUCGGUGGUCAAACAUGUAAUUCAGGUAUAUGUAUUUCAACUGAAAAGGGAAAUGGCGUUAAACACAAGAGGACCGAUAGGAAAGAUGGACAUGGUUUGUGAUACGAGGCCUUCAUUCAUAAAACACAAACAUAUGAGGAUUUUCAAUGUAUAAAAUCAUUGCGUCAACAUAUAUGUAUAGCGCAGAAAGAUUUAGUGCUUUAAAACUGAAGCGUUGGCAUUUUAAAUGCUCAAAAUUGUAGAAACUGUAGUAAUAACGCAAGCUACUGGAAACUUUUGUUUCUUUAUAAGUGAAGCAAUGGAUGGCAUUACUUUUGUAAUACAAAAAGGUAAUUUGUAUUACGAAAAACCAAAAUCAAGUUUGCAUGCGUCAUAUAUAAGGAUUUGUGAAUAGGUAAAAAAAAACAAGGCUUAGGCCUUCAACAAUCAUCAGGGAAAUGAUUUCAGGAAAGCGAUAUGUUCACUAUUUUAGCAGACUCUGCACUACUGAAAUUGUGAAAUGACUUGCCACACCAGAAGUUAACACACAGGAACGAGUCUUUGCAUUAAGACGUAUGUAAAUCAAAUCUGUCUCCAUACAUUUUUGAAUAAUAUCAGGUGACACACUGAACCAAUACCGUACCAAACACCAGCAGUCAAUUAAACGGACUCAGGACUAAAAACAUCAGCCCACUGUGGAUCUGCUUUGAUUCAGCCAUUACUAAGAUGCACUCCGUUUGGCCAUCGUAUGUCAUUUUUGAUGAUUUGCAAAAGAACUGUAUGUAGCAUCAAGGGUCAAUCUGCAAAGUUGUACCUUUUUAAAUAUUAAAUAUUUUAAAAUGCCACAA